AUGUCCUUCUCCGGUCGCCGUGUGAGCAUUCUGCGCCCUACAGAGGGCAGACGCUUCUCUGCCACCAAAGAUCUUUCGCAGAACGAACAACAAUCCGCUACCCAUCGUGAUUUCCGUUCUGCCCACGAGGGCCACAAGCCGCACGCCGGUCUCGACGCUUCCCGUGCUUCUACCGGAGUCAUUUGGUGCACAGAGCGUGCCAACGAGCAUGGAUUCUCCGAACAGCCCUCCGAAUGGGCCAACUUGGGUCAGGGUGCCCCCGAGGCAGACGACGAUAUCGUGGGCAGCUUCCCCCGCCCAACAACCAUCCCCAUUGACUCGGCUUCCCGCGAGUACGGUCCCACGGCCGGCAUCAAGAGUCUCCGCGCUGCUGUCGCUCGCCUCUACAAUGAGCAGUACCGAAAGGGCAAGGAGAGCCAGUACACCUGGGAGAAUGUGUGCAUUGUUCCCGGUGGUCGAGCCGGUUUGAUCCGUAUUGCUGCUAUUCUGGGAAAUUCGUACUUGUCGUUCCCCAUUCCUGACUAUACCGCCUAUUCCGAGAUGCUGUCUUUGUUCAAGAACUUCUCGCCUAUCCCUAUCCCGCUUUCCGAAAGUGAUCACUACCACAUCCACCCUGACAAGAUCGCUGAGGAAAUUGCUCGAGGUACCUCGGUCUUGUUGACCUCCAACCCCCGAAACCCUACUGGUCACGUCGUGGAAAACCCAGAGCUUGCUCGCAUUCAAGACAUUUGCCGCGACCGUGCGACCCUCAUUCUAGACGAGUUCUACGGAGGUUACAAUUACACGACCGACUGUGAUGGAAAGACAUUGAGUGGCGCAGAGAAUGUUAUUGAUGUGGACAAAGAUGACGUUCUCUUGAUUGACGGUCUGACCAAGCGGUUCCGUCUUCCUGGUUGGCGUAUUGCUUGGAUUGUCGGACCUAAAGAGUUUGUUGAGGCUCUUGGCUCUGCAGGCUCCUACCUUGAUGGUGGUGCCAAUGUGCCCUUCCAAGAGGCUGCCAUCCCCAUGCUUGAGCCAUCCCUUGUGGAACAGGAGAUGAAGGCACUUCAAAAGCACUUCCGGGACAAGCGCGACUAUGUCGUGUCUCGCCUUCAGGAAAUUGGAUUCCGUUUCAAGGAUAUCCCCCAGGCGACUUUCUACAUCUGGCUGGAUUUGACUUCUAUUGAGCCACCUCUGCCAGAGAGCGCCAAUAUCUCUGAUGGUCUGAACUUCUUCAAUGCCCUGUUGAAGGAGAAGACGAUUGUUGUGCCUGGUAUUUUCUUCGACUUGAACCCGGCCAAGCGCCGUGACCUGUUUGACAGCCCUUGCCAUCACUUUGUGCGACUCAGUUAUGGACCCAAGAUGGAGGUCCUGAAGAAGGGUCUCGACGGAAUUGAGCGCGUCAUCCGCCGUGCCAGAGGGGAGAAUGUUGGACCAACACUGGAAGACGAGGUUGCCAUUGAGGAUUAG